AUGAAGAAAUAUUUGCUCGAGCGAGGACUCCUCCCUCUGAGUGACUUUACUAAAGCCGUCGGGAUCGAGACUCCAGACACAUUUGAAGCCCUGCUACUUAAGUAUCAAGCGUACAUCAAGUACGAAGAGAAGAAGGCGGCUAACAACGUCCAUGAUUUCAGACAUCGGGAGGGUCCCAAAAACUCCAGGUAUGAAUAUCCUUCGACUUCACGUCGAGGAGAAAGGAAGAUGGGGGAUUGGUCUCGCAACCUGAGGGACUUCAAGGGUCCUUCCGGGCGGUAUACCAAUUAUACUCCAUUAAACAAGGCUCGUGACACUAUCCUAAACGAAUGCGUGAGCAAUGAGUUCAAAAAAGCUGGCAUUUGUCCUCCUCGACCGACUGCUGCGAAACCGAGGACGGACAAAUCCAAAUUCUGUAGGUACCACAAGAGCCAUGGUCACACGACAGAAGACUGUAUCCAUCUUAAGGACGCUAUUGAAGGGCUGAUCAGAGAAGGGGGGUUCAACAAAUCCCCAGUGGGUAAGAUCAAGAGGUGUUUCGAGCAACUCAUCGAAGCAACAACGAGGCUCAAUGUGACCCUGGACAAGACCACCGGUAAAUCCCACCCGCUGUCUUUUUAUUUGGAAGAACUGCUUGGUGAGUCACCGAAUUAUAGCAUCCCUCUCCUCAUCAGGGAAAGGAUGGCUAACUUUGAUGUGCAUCGAAUCCUCGUCUACCAAGGCAGCUCGGUAGACAUCAUGUACACACAUAUAUUGAAAACGCUGCAACUUGACAAGUCUAAUCUCACCCCUACACCGGCUCGGAUCUUCAAUGCUUCAACGGGGAAGUUACGAGACCAUGGGGGUUUGUAG